GUACGGGUUCUGCGCAGCAUUGCAAGCCAGCUUUUUCGAAGACUUCAGACUUAUCGCAUCUUUUUAUACGAGAGACAGAGGGUAACCCUCGUAUCAUACCGUCAAGAUGUCGACCACCGUGGAUAAGAUCAAGCAAAUCGAGGACGAGAUGGCUCGGACUCAGAAGAACAAGAACACCUCCUUCCACUUGGGACAGUUGAAGGCUAAGCUGGCGAAGCUAAAGAGAGAACUCUUGACCCCGUCCGGAGGCGGUGGUGGAGGUGGCGCUGGUUUCGAUGUUGCCCGUACCGGUGUCGCGAGUGUUGGUUUCAUCGGUUUCCCGUCCGUCGGAAAGAGUACUCUGAUGAGUAGAUUAACAGGCCAGCAUUCCGAAGCUGCCGCCUAUGAAUUCACAACUUUGACCACCGUGCCCGGACAAGUGAUGUACAACGGCGCCAAGAUCCAGAUUCUCGAUCUUCCGGGUAUUAUUCAGGGUGCCAAGGAUGGUAAAGGUCGUGGUCGUCAGGUUAUUGCCGUGUCGAAGACGUGCAACCUGAUCUUCAUCGUCCUCGAUGUCAACAAGCCUCUGGUCGACAAGAAGGUCAUCGAAAACGAAUUGGAAGGGUUCGGUAUCCGUAUCAACAAGCAGCCUCCCAACAUCGUUUUCAAGAAGAAGGACAAGGGUGGUAUCGCCAUCACGAGCACCGUUCCAUUGUCUCAUAUCGAUCACGACGAAAUCAAAGCUGUCAUGAACGAAUAUAAGAUUUCCUCUGCCGAUAUCUCUAUCCGUUGCGAUGCCACCAUUGACGACCUGAUUGACAUCCUGGAAGCAAAGAGCCGAAGCUACAUCCCCGUCAUUUAUGCGUUGAACAAGAUUGACUCCAUCACAAUCGAGGAGCUGGAUCUUCUUUACCGUAUUCCGAACGCCUGCCCCAUCAGUUCCGAGCACGGCUGGAACGUCGAUGAAUUGUUGGAACAGAUGUGGGAGAAGCUCAACCUGCGGAGAAUUUACACCAAGCCCAAGGGCAGGGCGCCGGAUUACACGGCACCCGUUGUGCUUCGGGCCAAUGCUUGCACGAUCGAAGAUUUCUGUAAUUCCAUCCAUCGGUCGAUCAAGGAACAGUUCAAGCAAGCUAUUGUGUACGGACGCUCGGUCAAGCACCAACCGCAACGCGUCGGACUUACGCACGAGCUCGCUGAUGAGGAUAUCGUGUCGAUUAUCAAGCGGUAAAAGGAGACCCCGAAAUCGACCUUUCAAAGCCCGGAGAGAGCCGCGGGCCAAUCGCGCUCUAGGGAGAUUCCCCGGGAACCCGUGCUGGUGUGUCUCGCGGGAUAUAUUCUUCUACCAACCUCAGCACCCAGCAGGCCCGGCUCUUGUGCGAUUGAUCUCGGCGAGAAAAAUAUGCGAUAGAGUUUGAUGAGAGGGGAACAGGGAGAGUUAUCUGUGCAGCCAGUAACAAGCUGGUAUGGCAUGGUUACUUGUUCGGGAUAGGGAUGAUUUGAAAUGAUGAUGAGUUAGUAUGUACUUAUGUCCAGUCGUCUUUUAUUCGUAACGUCCCAUUUUUUU